ACGGUCGGAGGCACAUCAGAAGUGUGGAGCGGAGUACUUUUCCAAACAUGGGAUUCCAUAAUGGCAUCGGAAUUUUCCUCCUCACAACGUUGAGCAUUUUAACUUCAGUUUUAUCGGCAAGCAACUAUUACUGUGAAGAGCCACUGGUGGCAUCACUACCUUCAGAUUCCUUCCAGAACUCGUCAAAAUCCUCUGAUAGAAGGUCACCACACUUUGCUAAACUCAACAAAAGAGAUGGGGGUGGUGGAUGGUCUCCAAAUAGAGAAGACCACCAACCAUGGCUGCAGUUGGACCUACGGGACAGGUUGAAGGUCACAGCCAUUGCCACCAAGGGGUGCUGGGGCAGUUCUGACUGGGUGACCCGUUACCAGCUACAGUACAGUGAUUCUGGACAAACCUGGAGACCAUACAGACAAGAGAACGUGGUAUGGACAUUUGCAGGAAACACUGAUGCAGACACAGUGGUCCAACACAAACUCCCUCACUCAAUCAGGACUCGAUAUUUGCGCCUUCUCCCCCUCGAGGGAAGCCCCAGAGGAGGAAUGGGUCUACGGUUAGAGGUCUAUGGCUGCACAUACAAGUCAGACGUGGCCGACUUUGAUGGUCGCAGUGCUUUGCUCUACCGGUUCAACCAGAAGUCUACCAGCACAGUGAAAGACGUGAUAUCACUGAGAUUCCGGAGCCAUCAGGCGGAAGGGGUUCUGGUUCAUGGAGAGGGACAGAGAGGAGAUUUCAUCACUCUGGAGCUUCAGAGAGGAAGACUCAGUUUGCAUCUCAAUUUGGAUGAUGCCAAGCCUCAGUCUAGCGGUCGCUCAUCCUCGGUCAUAUCAGGAAGCUUGCUGGAUGACCACCACUGGCACUCUGUUCAAAUUGAGCGCUUUAACAAACACAUCAAUUUCUCUGUGGAUGGACACACUCAACACUUCCGCAGUCCGGGCCAGGAGGACACACUGGAGAUAGACUACGAGCUCAGUUUCGGAGGAAUCCCUUUGCCUGGCAAGCCUGGGACGUUUCUCCGUGAAAAUUUCCACGGCUGCAUUGAGAACCUCAACUACAAUGGCGUCAGUGUCAUCGACAUGGCAAAAAGACGGAAGCCGCAGAUCUAUACAGUGGGAAAUGUGACGUUCUCGUGCUCUGAGUAUUCCUCGGUCGCUGUGACAUUCCUCAAUUCCACAAGCAGCUUCCUGGCUCUCCCUGCCGAAUACGGAACAGAGAGUCUGUCUGUACGUCUCCAGUUCCGCACGUGGAACCAGGAAGGGCUGCUGUUCUCAGUCCAGCUCUUUCGUGAUCCAGACCCCAUUAACCUUCUUGUACAGCUCAGCCAGGCCCGGCUGCUCCUCUCCCUCUCUGGAGAACCUCAACAUUAUGCUCAACUUCUCAACGGUCAGAGUUUGAGCGACGGACAAUGGCACUCCAUAGAUGUCGUGGUCAAAAGUCAGAAGGUGUCUUUAAGAGUCGACAACCGGAGGCCUGUCACCAUGGAAAUCAGUGGCCUUAGCAACAGCGUGCAAAAGACGACCAUCUACUUUGGAGGUUGCCCUUUAUCCCAGAGCAGUUUUGUCUGCGAGAACCCCAGCAGAGGAUUCCAGGGCUGCUUUCGUCUGCUAUUCAUCAACAACCAUCCAGUCAACUUCCUCCAAGUUCAGCAAGAGAACUUUAGCCAGAUUAGCUUUGAUGUCUGCAGUAUUCAAGACAGGUGUUUGCCCAGUCUGUGUGAACACGGGGGUCAAUGCAUGCAGUCAUGGGAGCAGUUUUACUGUGACUGUUCUGGAACCGGAUACACAGGUGCCACCUGCCACAACUCAAUAUAUGAACGAUCCUGCGAGGCCUUCAGGAAAACAGGAAGCAAAUCUGGUGUGUUUACAAUCGACCUGGAUGGCAGCGGACCUUUAGAGCACACUCAAGUCAACUGCACUGUGACAGAAGACAAAGUUUGGACAGUGGUGGAACAUGAUCACACAAGACCCAUAGAUGUUCGAGGAUCCACUCCACAAAGCCCUUUCGUUCUUAUCUUCAACUACACCAUCUCACAGUACCACCUCCGUUCACUUGUGACCUCCUCGGAACACUGCCAACAGGAAGUGAUAUAUCGCUGCAGGAAGUCUCGCCUUUUUGACACCUGGGAUGGAACUCCUCUGUCUUGGUGGCUGGAUAGAGACGGAGUGAAAAGGACGUAUUGGGGGGGAUUUCUGCCGGGACUCCAGCAGUGUUCCUGUAGUUUGGAUGGCAACUGCAGGGACAUGAAUUAUUUCUGCAACUGUGACGCAGACCAAGACACCUGGGUAAAUGAUACUGGCAUGCUGUCUUACAAAGACCAUUUACCCCUCAGCGAGAUCGCCAUCGGAGACACAAACAGGACAAACUCGCAGGCUGUGCUCCAAAUUGGCCUUCUGCAUUGCUAUGGCGACCGAUUUUUCUGGAAUUCUGCAUCUUUUUACCAGGAAUCCUCAUAUCUGCACUUCCCGACCCUGCAAGCUGAACUGAGUAUCGAUAUCUCACUCUUCUUCAAAACCAGUGCUCUUUCAGGGGUUCUCUUGGAGAAUCUUGGUGUCAGAGACUUCAUAAGACUGGAAAUUAGUUCUCCCUCUACAGUGAACUUCACCUUUGACCUAGGAGAUGGACCAGUAGUUCUUACUACUCAAUCACCUGUGGCCUUGAACGACCGUCAGUGGCAUUAUAUUCGUGCCGAGCGGAACGUUAAAGAAGCUUCUCUGCAGGUCGACUCGCUGCCCCUGCAGCUCACUGAAGCUCCUUCUCAAAAACCAUACCAUCUUCAGCUCAGAAGUCAGCUCUUUGUGGGAGGAACAGCUUCUAGGCAGAGGGGCUUUUUGGGCUGCUUACGUGCCCUCACCAUUAACGGGGUUACCUUUGACCUUUCUGAGCGAGCGAAGACCACACCCGGGGUGAAUUCCGGCUGCCCGGGUCACUGCAGCAGUAACAGCGUCUGCCACAACGGAGGGAGAUGUGUGGAGGAGAGGAGCGGUUACACAUGCGACUGCACACUGACCGCCUUCGAUGGGCCGCACUGCACAACAGCUCUGGCAGCGUCCUUUGAAAGCGGAUCUUCAGUCCUGUACACUCUCCAAGAGCCAUUUUCUGGAAUACUGAACGAGGAAGCCAGACAAUCACCAGAAGUUACCAAAUCUCAAGAGGAAGUCUCGUUAGGGUUCUUGACACAUCAUGCACCAGCCUUGCUCCUGACAGCUCACACCCUUGACCAGCGCCACAUGGCUGUUAUGCUGGCAUCAAACGGCAGUUUGCAGAUCCGAUACUUGUUGAACCAGGAAGCAGCAGCAGAAGUGUUCAGCCCGAUGUCAGCCAGUCUUGCAGACGGGCGCUUCCACUGGGUCAAAAUCAAUCGAAAGGGACAGGAACUUCUUGUCCAGAUUGAUAGCACAAUAAGCAAGCAGUACCGUCUGUCUCGUGGCUCUGCUCUCAGCCCGGUGAGGAUGGUGAUUCUGGGCAGAAUCCAGGGUGGUGACAUCGACGAUAACGAACUGGUCCACACUGGAUUGAGAGGGUUUAUUGGUUGCUUGUCCUCUGUGCAAUACAAUCAGGCCACCCCUCUGAAGGCAGCCCUACAAAACAGACAAAACCCGUUAGUUACCGUUAUUGGCCGGCUCGAAGCGUCAGGUUGUGGGAUGAUUUCCAGCUCCAAUACACACACACUGUCAGAGGACUCUGCAAAAUCAGACAGCGGCAAAGACCCACUGAAAAACGCAGAUCAAAAUGAUGUGGCAUUAAUUGGAGGAGUAGUGGCUGCAGUUGUGUUCAUCACACUCUGUGCAUUGGCCGUGAUCAUUCGCUUCCUGUUUCGACACCGUCAGACCCCAGCGCCCCCUGGAAUCACCCCAAAGACGCAUCGUCCCAGCAUGGAACGCCCACCAUACCGGCCUGAACUGGAUCUACACAAACCACAACAUGACAGCAAAGAAUACUACAUAUGACCUGUCCGUGUUGUGCUUGAUCUUUAUUUGAACAGCCUGUUGCCAGUGUACAUGCUUACAACCAGUGGUCGAUUUGUAAUUUUUUUUAAGGGGGAUGGUGUAGUCAAAGUUUGUUUGUUUUUUUCUUUUGGGGGGGGGGAGGGUCUAUUAUGGGUCAUUGACAAAUUACACCCAAAAUUAAAAUGAGAAACCUUUUAAAAAUGUGGUUUAAAACACUUAUGUCAUAUUCUCAGAAAUGUAAUUUUUGUCCAAUUUGGUUUCAUACAUUUUUGAAAGACCUUUAAUAAAAAAUAAAAAAAAUAAAAAAAUAAAACUUUCAAAUUGUCAUGUGGUGUAACCAUUAAGUGAAAAGUAUUAUAAUACUUUCUUUGCACAUUAAAUACAUGAGUAUAAACAACAUAUUCAUUAAUUUACAAAAAGUUUUCAAACUAACUUUGUACGUUUUUUUUUUUUUUUUUUUAAUAAAUAGCCAAAAAUAUCAAGAAUUUUUCUCAGGGUUACACCACAUGAACAAAAUGUGCCUUUUCAUAAACAUGUCAAAAUAAAUAUCAGAUGUCUUUUAAGCAUCUUCCUUUUUACAUCCGUUGACUGCGGGCCGUUCCAGUUUCUCCCGUUUAUUUCAAUAGAAGUGACCCGUCUCUGCUAAAUAGUCUCAGUACCAAUGUUUAUCUCACUAAAUACUGACAAAAUACUAUUUCACUGGGUUUUAUAGUUUUUAUGGUCAACAUAAACAACUAGAUGUCUACCUACAUGUUGGUUACCCCCUUAAAGAUUUUGAUUUGGUGGACAAAAGCAUUUUAAAAUAUGAAUCAUAUUUUUAAACAGUGGUUUCACUGUUUAUUUUUUUAAGAAAUAACAAUAAAAUAUUAUUCUGCACUAGUCAAGCCAACAUUUCUUUUUUCAGGAAUUUCAGAUUUUAAUGAGACUUUUUUUUUUUUUUACUGUUUCUGGACUCCACAUGACAUUUUUUACUUUAAGCCCCAGAAAAAAAAUGUCAGCAAUUGAAAAAAUGUUCAUCAUAGUAGAGGUGUAUUCAAGUAAAUGGUUUGUGUGAAUUGCAUUUUUUAUGUAAUGAGCAUCACUUCAUUGACCUUUAGGACACAUGGACAUUAUGCACCUGUUACCCUCGGUUAUUGUAUUUUAUGAUGAAUCUUGUAAAAAGAAUCCACGUUAUGAUCGUGAAAAGGUUUUUUUUUUUUUUUUUUUUUUUUUCGCUCUCCCACUGCAGACACUUAUUUUUGAAAGUGCAACAUUUGAAAACUUGUGGCGUAAGUUUCAUGUGAACAGUAGGAAGGACAAAUCAACCCAUCGCAAACUCCAACACAUCUGCCAGUGUUUUCAGAACACCGGCGCCGCAGUGGAGAGAGAGCUUGCACGCUCAAGGUUGCCAGAUUGCGGGACUAAAGUGUCACCCUGGCAGCAUAUAUAUAAACUGUACAAGAGUCCGGAUUUGAUUGGGGGAUUUCACCUGUAGAAAUCUGGCAACCUCACAAAUGUCGAAAUCUAAUUUUGACCGGCUCAUCUGCCUUUUUUAAAGUCUGUUAUUUAUCAGAUGUGAUUAGUGCAUGAUUAGUUCUAAGUAAUACAUGACACGAUUGAUCUAAAGGGGAUGGUAAGGGGGGAUGGUGGUUUUACAAGGGGGAUGCUUUUUGGUAUUUCUUGCAACAAGGGGGAUGGCAUCCCUUCGCAUCCCCCCUCAACUCGAGCCCUGCUUACAACAACAAAGCCUCUCUUGCACACUACAACCAUCUUCACAGCUGGCUCAGCAGCCAAUCAGAAGGCCUGUUUUUGUGGCAACCUAACAGUGGCUAUCUUUCAUAGGCUGCGGUGCGACAUUAAUGUUUGUUGUUUUCUAUGAAGAGAGUAAUGAUUGUGUGAAAAUAAUGUGUGAAUGCCCCUUGGAUGAUGACAGAGCUGUAUAUUGUUAUUUAAAGGCAUAAUAGUAGGAUAAACAUGCACAACACACACACUUUCCAAGCAAACAGCACAGCAGGAGUGUUGAAGCAUCUCUCUGAAAGAUCAUUACCCAGUGUGCCCGCACAGAGAGUGCACUAAAAGCCCAGUGGACAGCAAUUUUGUGGCAGGGUGGUGGACCUUCCCAGACAUUGUUUUUAAAGUAUCGAUCAUCUCUCAUCAUGUCCAAAAACUAAAGAUCAAAGACAUCCGCCUCUGACAAGCCCUGCGUUUCAUAUUGAAACUAUCGACUGGUGCAGGAGUCACUACAGGCCGGGAUUAGCCACCAAAGGACUAUAAGUGUACAUCAGCGGCGGCUGUGGGAUGGAACAGGAGUCAUUUGUGUGUAUGCUGAUUCCCACGGGCAGGACAGAUGCAGUCCAUGUUAUUCUCUCUCCAACCGUAAUCGAGACAGUCUCACAACUGAGUGUACCCAGUGUGCCCCCUGGAACAAAUGUCCUCCCUAUUGAAGUGCAUUAUAUCUCCUGCCUAAAAAAAAACACUUGCCUUCUAUGGACAAUUAAUUUAAUGGCUGUUUUCUUUUUUUUAUAUAUAUAUAUAUAUAUAUAUAUAUGAUUAUUAUACUGUAUAUGAGUGUUGUAUAUACAUUUCAUAAUUAUAUUUAAUAAAUGGAGCUUUCUAAGAGCUUUUGG